AUGCUGGCACUAUCUGCUGAGGAAUUAGAUAGGAAGUAUAAUGUGCGUCCGUUUGUUGACCCUGAGCCAACUAAAAUCGAUGUGAAUCCUUUAGUUUUAACAGCAAUAGACCUUUCCUUAUUCAAAGAAGGGGAUGAACAUCUAAACGAAAGAAAGAGUUUAGCAAAGGUGCUAGAAUCAUCUGUAACCACAUAUGGUUUUUUCAAUUUGGUCAAUUUUGGUAUACCUAAAGAACGAAUUGAACAUAUAAGAGCUAUUAGUCAGAGCUUGCUUACAAUUCCAUACGAAGAAAAGUUGAAGUAUUUGGCGAGUGCCGCUACUAAAGAAGAAGAGAAGCCUAAAAGCAUAGGUGCCGAGCGUGGCCAGGGAUUUAAGCCAAAAGGCUACUGGUCCAUCAAGAACGGAAUUCGAGACUCGAUUGAUUUCUAUAAUGUCAGAGAUACUUAUCAUGAUUCGUUCUUAGAGACUCCGGAAGCACACCCUGAGUUGUUGCAAGUCCAUCUCAAAGAAGUGGCAGACUAUUAUAACCAUUUACAUAGAGUUGUAUUGCCCAAACUUUUGCGAUUGUUUGACUUAAUUUUCAAGAUUCCCGAAGGUACCUUGUUGAAACGGUAUUUCCACAAAAGUGGAACAAACGAAGAUACGUCAGGCAGCCAUGGUCGUCUUAUGUUGUACCGGCCAUAUGAGAAUCAACAAGAGUUUGAGCAGACAGACAAGAUGUUCUUGCGUGGGCACUCAGAUAUUAGCGCGCUUACCUUUAUAACUUCCCAGCCAAUAUUGGCCUUGCAGAUUAUGGAUGUCUACACUGGAGCGUGGAGAUAUGUUGCUCAUCGCGACGACUCUUUGAUUGUCAAUAUUGGGGAUGCGCUUGAGUUCAUCAGCGGUGGUCAUUUCAAGGCUUGUCUCCAUAGAGUGGUCGAGCCUCCUGCGGAUCAGAGAGGGUUUAAUCGGCUUGUGGUUAUUUACUUUUGCAACCCAAGUGACAACUCCGAGAUGGAUCCCGAGCUCUUGGACUCUCCUGCAUUACGCAGAUUGGGGUACACCAGGGAGGAUAAGUUGAAGCAAUGGGAAAAGAUCCAAUUCCAUGACUGGAACACUACGAAAGGCGAGCUCCUUGGGAGAACCGCAGCUGGUGAGAGAAAUCUACUUCAGUAUCACGGAAGGUACAUUGAGAGGUGGCACCGAUUUUCGGAAUUGGCAAAUUAG